GCCGCAUAGGCGGGCAGAGGAUGGUCGACGAGCCCACGACGUCGCGUCUGCAUGCUAGCAGAGUCGUUCGAGCCUCAUGAGGCAACAACGCCAUGACGGGAGCUAUGACGGGGCACGCCCUGGGAUCUUCCUGGACCUGUAACAAUGGAUAUUAAAUUAUACGAGUCGCGGUCGCAUAUUCGCCCCUCAUCGCAAGCAAGAAAAUGGGGCUCGAGACGUUCGACCUCGAGGCCGUCGCGUCCAAGUACGCGGGCGUCAACCGCGUCCGCCACCUCCUGUUCAUCGUCGAGUAUGGCAAGACGUGCGUCCUGGACCCCGAGAGCAAGCGCGCGGUGUGUCUCCAGUACGCCAAGGAUGCGCUGCGCAUGCUCCUCGCCGAGCUCGAGACGACCAAGACGGCGGCCAACACGACCUUGUACCGCGAGCUCACAACCAAGUACGCCGACUUGCUCCCGCUCGACUUCAAGGUGGACGCGGCGUUUGUGGACGCGGCGACGCGUGCCAACAACAGCCGCCACGAGCGCCUCGAGCAAGAGCUCAACUCGUACAAGUCGAGCUUGAUCAAGGAAAGCAUUCGCAUUGGCCACAACGAUCUCGGCGAGUUUUACUACCGCAUGGGCGACCUCCCGUCGGCGUUGCGCAGCUUUGCCCAGGCGCGCGACUACUGCACGUCCGACAAGCACAUUUCUGAGAUGUGUUUCAACGUCAUUCGCGCGUCGGUGCACCUCAAGAACUUUGGCAACGUGACCAACUACCUCAUCAAGCUCGAGCAGUCGGCCGUCGAGAGCGACGCCAUUUUUGCCACCAAGAUCGCUGCGACGCAUGGCCUCGUGCACCUCACCAACAAAAAGUACCACACCGCAGCGCUCAAGUUUACGUCCUGCAACGUCGAGAUUGGCUCGACCUUCAACGAGGUGCUGCAUGCCGAAGACAUUGCGCUCUUUGGCGGUCUCUGCGCACUCGCCACGUUUGACCGCAACGAGCUCCGCGACAAGGUCAUUCAGAGCCCGUCGUUCAAGGCGUUCCUCGAACUUGUGCCCCGCCUCCGCGAAAUGAUCCAUGCAUUCUACAGCAGCCAGUACGCUUCGUGCUUGCGCACGCUUGGCGAGAUGCAGGAGGAGUGGGCGCUCGACAUGAACCUCUCAAACCACGUCGGCGAGCUCGCCAAGGAGAUCCGCCACCGGGCGAUCGUCCAGUACUUCUUCCCGUACCUCUCGGUCGACAUGCGGGAGAUGGCCGACACCUUCAACACGACGCCGGACGCGCUUGAAGACGAGCUGCGCGACUUAAUCCUGCGCGGCAAGAUCCACGCGCGCAUCGACAGCCACAACAUGGUGCUCCUCGCCCACGAGGCCGAUGUGCGCGCCAAGGCGUAUGCGAACGCGCUCGCGGUCGGCCGCCAGUACACGGCCGACACCAAGGCCGCGCUCUUCCGCAUGAAUUUGAUCAAGAACAACAUGGUGGUGGGCGCCAACGACGGCGACGCGACGCUCGGCUAAGGACCGGUAGUGACCCCAUGGAAACCCAUCCUCCCGCUCUUCUCCCAUCAAUAUGCAUUCCAGGCCUUGCAUGCCCAAAUUCACGAG